AUGCCGAAGCGAAAAAAUCCCUUCACCGAUCCGCCCGGCAAAUCCCCAUGUCUACCCCACCCCUCCACCGUCGCCCUACCAGCGCGCGCUCACGCUCAGGCCACCAAAUCACUAACCUCCGCCCUCCCAGCUUACCACAGGCGCAUCUUCCGCGUACUGAAGAAAGCCCGCGGCUUCGAAACCGUAAAGUUGAUCCGCCGGAUAAAGUCCUCCCGCACCUCCACCGGGCCAACGGCAAGAUUAGAGGGAGAAUUGGAAGUGCUGAAGAAGGUGAAAUUGGAUCUGCUCGCGCGGGCGCACUUGCGCCGGUGCGUGGGGAGAGAUGGAAGGUGUGUUCGGAGUGGGGUUUUUGAUUGGGGGGAGGUUUGGGGCGCGGGGGAGGGGAAGGAUGGAGAGGGGCAGGGGAUGGGCAAGGUGGAGCGGGACGUAUGUGCUAGGUUGUAUGGGGCUAAAAUGGUUAGGGAGGCUAUGGGGGAUGUAUUGGGGGGUGUUAGGCGGAUUUUGGGCGUCGAUGAGGAGAAAGAGAUGGCGCGGAGUGAUAACGACGGGGAGGAGGAAGGGAAGAGGAAGAUUGAGGCGAGGUUGGGGAGGAAGGAGGAGGGUGGGGAGGUAAAAGGGAAGAAGAAUGGGAAGAAUGAGAAGGAGGAUGGUGAACCUCUCAGUCUGUCAGCUUCUGCCUUUGACGAUGGCGAUGAUGACAGUGGCUGGUCGUCCGCAUCUUCACCCUCAAAGUCCAAACCAAAACCGAAACAGAAGUCGGGAACAAGCACCUUCCUCCCCACCCUUCUGGCCGGCUACAUAUCCGAUUCCUCCACCUCCACCUCCAGCACCACCAAAUCCAAACACAAAAAAGGUCCCCCAGAGAAGAAACAGCGGAAAAACCGCAUGGGCCAGCAGGCCCGCCGUGCCUUAUGGACGAAGAAGUACGGACAGAAUGCGGCACACUUGAGGCAAGAAACGCAACGUGAAGAAGAGAGGAAGAGGAAGAGGGAGAAGAAUAAGAAGAAGAAGGAGGAGGAGAAGGAGAAGGGACAGGCGGAAGGUAAUCUUCACCCAUCCUGGGAAGCGGCGAGGAAAGCUAGGGAGGGCAAUAUGGCGGUUGUUCAAGAAGCGCUGAAGGGUGGUGGUGGGGGUAGGAAGGUUGUUUUUGAUUGACGUUCGUGUCGCGCAGUGAGAUCGCCAGGGUUGUGUAUAAGUUGGCUUUUGAUAAUGUCGUGGUGGUAAUGGAGAAAUGUUACCUGUAUUUAGCGCUCAUUCGGACAUUGCCGUUUUUUCAUGAUUUACCUUUACCCGCUUGCUCGCUGUAUGUAUCGGCCGUAAAACGAACCGUAA